AUGGCAGAAGAGCGGGUAUCUUCACCAUCCGAGCAAACCCCUCUGAUUUCGUCAUCGCGCCCCGAUGAUGAGUCGACUGGCACCUUGAGCAUCCCGAGGGGGAUUGCGAUCGCUUUCUUCAUGGAGUUGUUGAUUUUGAUCCAGACAAUUAACAUUUCCAUGAUGACGACUGCGCAGUCCGAGAUUGCGGCCGAUCUGGAUGCUUUUGAUCAAGCAACUUGGUUUACUUCGGCAUAUUUGAUUGCCGCAUCCAGCGUCACCCCAUUGACUGGACGGCUUGCAGAGAUAUUCACACCCCGGCUCUAUGUUAUCUUUGCCAGCACUAUUUUGGCCAUUGGCUUGUUCAUUACCGCUGCAGCCCCCUCUCUAGCCAUCUUCCUCCUGGGACGCGCGGUGGCAGGCAUUGGAAGCGGCGGAUUAAUGAGCAUUGCCAUUAUCCUGGUCGUAGAUAUCGCUUCUCCAAAGCGACGAGGGCUCUGCAUUGGCAUGAUCAAUGCCGGAUAUACCACGGGUCUUGCCUCUGGUGCAGUUCUGGCUGGACUAAUGACUUCUUCGUUGGGCUGGACUCUUUCCGUCGUUCUAUUCCUCUCAGGCCUAGCAUCGCCCGUGAUCCUUAUAUGGCCCAUUCCUCUCUCUGCGGUGUGCUUCGCGGUAUUCAUCUUCAUUGAAUCACGUUGGACCACCGAGCCUGUCAUUCCAGUUCGGCUGUUGCGAUCACGGAGUGUACUGAUGACCUGUGUGGCAGGGCUGGGAUUGAUGAUGGCCCGCUGGGCUGUCUUAUUCUAUACGCCUGUUUAUGCCAUGGCUGUUCGAGGCUGGUCUCCUGCAUCUGCUGGCCUCAUUCUGGUGCCGACCAAUGCUGGAUUUGGAAGUGGUGGACUACUCGUUGGCUGGCUACACAUUCGCAAAUCGACCAGCUAUUAUGCAUCAUGUCUGAGCAUCUUUGUCCUGUUCGCCGUAGUCACAUCAGUCCUCUCUCUUCUCUCCACUCCUGAUUCUCCCACAUGGUUGUAUGUUGCGACCACAUUCCUGAAUGGGCUGUUUGCCGGCUCCCUCAUGAACUAUACUCUAUCGCAUGUGUUGCACCUCACCAGCCCUCACGUGCAUUAUAUCGUUAGUUCUUUGAUUGCCAUGUCUCGAGGGUUCGCUGGUAGUUUCGGAUCAGCUGUCGGAGGUGGUUUCUUCACGCGAAUCCUCAAAACAUCUCUGGAAAAGGGAUUCGCUCAGCAUGAUCUGCCCUCGCGGCCAGACUUGAUUCGGACUCUGCUAGGCAGCCCUGCCACAGUCAUGCAGUUAACUGGUUUGGAGCGCCUGGCGGCCAUCACCGCCCGUGCCGGAACACUUCCUUUGAUCUCCGCACUUCUGCUUUCCAUUACUUCGUCCAUCUACUUCAACUCCAGCUCAUCAUGCCUCGUGCCGUCCGUGGUAAGCUCUACUCACACUUACAUUCAGACAUGCAAGAUCAGCACUCACCACACGUCAUCAGGCCUGCUCAUCGAGUGCGAUCCCUCGAUCAAAGCCAUGAUCCUCAAGUACGACGAGGAGCGGCAUGACUACAUUGUGGAGGAUCUGGAUGACGAGAACCACUUGGUCAUCAAGGAGAGCCAGCUCGAGAACCUGAAGGCUCGUCUCGAUCAUGAUCUUGAUGAGAAGAUCAUGCAGCUUGAUGAAUCGGAAUCGGAGUAG